CUGGUCUAAUAGGCAUUGGACGCACAACCGGUGGUGGGAGCCACAACCACUCCGAUGCUGGAGAAGCAGCCGCCGCCGACGGGGCAUAAAAGAGGGCGCCGAGGAGCGCCGAUCACCAUUUCUGUCUCAAUAGUCAACUUAUUUUCCUGUUAAAUUUUUACACGUACUCUCAAACCCACAACAAGAUGGCGUCCAUGGCAACUUUAUUUAUGCUACUUGCGGUCACUUUUCGCAUACAGGCGAUGUACGAUGUACCUGAUAUCUUUCCACAAACAGAACCAGGACAAGAGCUCCCGGAUACACAAGUCAUCGUGGAUAGAAUCAAAGAUUCCUGCCCACCAUUCGGAUCACCAGACGAACAAUUUAAAGUGAUGGUGUUGGGCAGUUUAAAUCCACCGGCAGGCGGAUGUGCUUCUAUGCGAGCAGACAUUGGCGAUAAUGUACCAGCGUUUGAAAUUUUGCUUGGCAAUAUCGAUUAUAGCAUUAAAGGUCACCAAAAAGUGGUACUUCUAAGAAAUAGAAGAGGCUACACGUUUCAGUGUUCAUCUAAACAUCCAUUCAUAGAGAAUGGAAAUAUUGAAGGCUGGUAUGUCCAACUAUAUAUCCAUAGUGCAAAAAAAAAUGACUACAGAUGUAGUUUGUACAAAAUAUUCAAUGAACUAGGAACAAUCAAGAUGUUGAUUAGUGCGGAUGAAUGGUGUGAUGGUCUGCCACAGAUUUUGAGAUAUGACGGUUACGGAGUACCAGAUGGAUUUUCUACAAAUGGUUCUCUUGCUCUUAUAUUUUCUAAGCAUUGGAUACCGAAUCCAUUUCCAGAAUUUCCAGAGUAUGACUUAUUAAGUGACAUGUGUGCUUUAGGGUGACUCUGUACCUCCCUAUAUAAAUAUAUUAUUAUCAAAAACCAAAAAGUUAAUACUUACAAGAUCUGUAUUUGCAUAUUCAUUUUUUUUUUUAACUUUUUAAGCUAGAUAUAAGAAUUUUAAUUUGUAAUAUUUCUUAUUAUU